AUGGACUACGAGGCCGCGGCGACGCGCCUUUCCUCGCCCACUGUGUUCACCAUCCUCCGCGCGGCCUUCUCCGGCGCUAGCGACGACGAGGCCGGUACUUUAGCAGCAGCGGUGCGAGCCCCCUUCUGGGGCGGUUUUUGGGUCGCCUUUGCGCUCGCUUUUGCGUCACUUUUGCUGAUGAAGGGCUUCAUGAUGUCGCUGUUCCGCUGGCCGGCGGAGAAGUGCCGGCAGAUGUGCAGCCUCGCCGCUACGGGUGAGUCGGUGAAGAUGGCGCUCGUCGUGCGAAAGGAUCUCAAGAUGAGAAACGGCAAGAUUGCCGCACAGUGUGCGCACGCCGCGGUGGGGGUGAUUGAGGAAAUCCUGGCCUUCAAGUCAGCAGGGGCGACUAGCCCGCAGCCUGCCCUCAACCCUGUGUCCACUGCGUGGGUUCAGUGGUAUGACGCAUGGCACGCCAGCGGCUCUUCCAAGGUUGCUCUGCAGUGCUCUGAUGAAGCUGCCAUGAUGGCGCUGGCGAAGCACGCGCGGCAGGUGAACUUGCCUCACUACGUCGUCCGCGACGCCGGCCGCACACAGGUGGCGGCCGGUAGCAAGACUGUCGUGGCCGUCGGACCGGGACCCAGGAGUUUGGUAGACGAGGUGACGAAGCAGCUGAAGCUGCUGUGA